CUUGCAGGGUUUCCCACGUUUCCUAUGACCAAAAGCAGGCUGAGGACUCUGAAGCUCCCAGAUAUAACGUGACAGCCAGAGAGAGAGAGAGAGAGACCCUCUCCGAGUUCAGGAAAUGAGCGCUUAUGAGUUUUGUCAUGAUAGCAGGGGCCACUCAAGGCAGAAGUUGAGGAUGGCAUACUUCCUUUUACUUUUUCUCCCUUGUGUCUUCAGUGCACGGACGCGGAUAACACUGCCUGGAUAUGAAGCAGUGAUCACUAAUCAAGAUCCACACAGGGACAGUCGCAAAGUUCUCACUACCAGCGGCAAAGAAUGUAAAUUCCCAUUUCGUCAGGGUGGAAGGAUUCAUCAUCAGUGCAUCACGAUCAGCUCCCCGAGACCUUGGUGCUCUCUCACGCAUAAUUUUGAUCGUGACCUGCAGUGGGACUACUGUGCGCCUGAGAUAACUCAACCAGAUGUUUUUGUCCACACGUCCAGAAGAAUCACUGAUCCGUGUCAGGUGAACCCAUGCCAAAACGGUGGCAUCUGCACGCUGGUCCCACACAGACGGUCGUUUGAGUGCACGUGUCCCGCGAGCUUCACCGGGAGGCUGUGUCAGGAGAAAAAGUGCUAUGAAACCAUACACCUGCGUUAUUAUGACACAGGAGAGUCUUGGGGAAGGAUUCAUCGCCGUAAUGUGGAACAGUGCACAUGUGUGGCAGGGGAAAUCAAGUGUGAGAGAGUCCGCUACACAAUGUGCCGUAUGAACCCCUGUGAGAAUGAGGGAACAUGCCGGCUGAUCAUACCCACUGGUGAAGAAGUGUGUAACUGCAGGCCUGGAUACAGCGGACCGUACUGCAGCUUUGAGCCAGAGACAGAGUGCUAUAACAACAGGGGCACAGACUACCGCGGCGUGGUGGGCAGCACGGUGUCUGGUGCCCGCUGCCUGCCGUGGAACUCGGACCUGCUGCAUGACGAGCUCCAUGUGGGCACGGUGGCUGCCGCCUCCCUCAGGGGCCUGGGGGAGCAUGCCUACUGCAGAAACCCGGACGGGGACAAGAUGCCAUGGUGCUACACGCUAAAUCACGGCGCCAUCUCCUGGGAGCACUGUGAUGUUCCGUCCUGUGUGGUCUCUGUGUUUUCUUCUCGCAGAAUAACCCCUUUUAAUGUCCGUCCCGGCAUUAAACAAACUUCCUCCACCAAGCCGGCCAAGAGGGCUGUGUGUGGGAAGAGGCAUAAGAAAAGGUUGUCGAUAGCCAGGGGCCGAAUCAUGGGCGGCAACACGGCUCUGCCAGGUACUCACCCCUGGAUGGCAGCCAUUUACAUCGGAAAGACUGACUUCUGUGCCGGCACCCUGAUCUCGUCUUGCUGGGUCGUCUCUGCCGCACACUGCUUCUUCCGUAGCCCGCUGAAAUCUCAGAUUCGCGUGGUGUUCGGACAGCAGAAUUUCAACGUCACCGGCCCCAACACCAGGACGUUCGGAGUGGAGGAGUACAUCUUCCCCAAGCAGUUCUCAGUGUUUAAUCCAACACUGCAUGACAUUGUUUUGGUCAAACUGAAGAAGGAGAACGGACGCUGCGUGAGGAGAACGCCGUUCAUACGGCCCAUCUGCCUCCCAGAUAAAGACACGACGUUCCCUGAUGACUAUUGCUGCACUAUCAGCGGCUGGGGACACAUGCACGAGAAGGCGAAGGAGUACUCGAACCUGCGGGAGGGCGGAGUGAGGCUGGUUCCCCAUCAGAUUUGCACAAAACCAGAGGUCUAUGGCAACCACGUCACCUCUGACAUGAUCUGUGCCGGGAUCAACUCCUGUGUGGAUGCGUGCCAGGGCGACUCGGGAGGCCCUCUGGCUUGUGCCAAGGGUGAUGUCAGCUUCCUGUACGGGAUCAUCAGCUGGGGAGAGGGCUGCGGCCGCUCUGGGAAACCUGGUGUCUACACUAAAGUGGUGAACUAUUUGGACUGGAUCCAUUCGGUGAUCAAACGCAAACCCAAGGCUUCAUGAAUGGACGCUACCUUGAAUAUAUGGGAUAUUUUAUACACACAUGAGAUACUUUAGUCUGUUUUUACUGUAAUGACUGUGGAAGUAAAUAGUUCUGUAAACAGGAUAUGUAAAAAAAAAAAAAAAAAGUUUUGAAUGGAUUAUGAGACUUUGUGAAACUUUGUAAAAGGUUUGCGAUGCGGCAAAGAAGAAGUGAUUAUAUUUCAUACCAGCUGGCCAAAAAGUGGAACGGCUUUUGACUUCUUACAAAAACAAACUUUUUUUUACUGUGAAAGAUUUUGUGACUGAAUAAACUUUUAAUGACUUGAUAAAAUUUUGAGUGUCUUACAUAGUCUAGUGAAAAUGGGCUGUUGUCAGAUAGUUUAAGAUGUUAUUAUUAUUAUUAUUAUUAUUUGCAAUAGCCUCUGGAUAAAAUGUUCUUUAGCAGUGAGGUGGAUUUAAAAUAAUUCGUUUGUUGGCUCAUUAAGGAUAUGUUUACCUUACACUACAGAAUAUAGAGAUAUAAUUCAAAAUAGACAGAGUAGAAUAGAAUAGAUAGUUUUUGUAGAUGACAUUCAGUAGAGAUUUUCUGAGUAGCCAAAACAGAUACAGAUAUGUUUUUGGACCAAGAGCACAAAGGGUGGAAAAUGUAUUUGUAAUGGCCAAAAUAUCUUUCUGUGUGUUGUAUUUUUAAAUGAGUGCUGUACAGUGUUUUGUGAUAUGUUUCUGCAAUUUUUUUGU